ACACCCAAAUCAAAACAUCUGCAUUGAUCUCGCUGUUAGCCACCGUUAGCUCGUUAGCCUCCCAGCUCGAGGACCAGCUGCUGUUGCCGAGCAACAGCGGACAGUUAGCACAGCUGCACGAGGCGGAUCGAACAGGUAUGUGUGACGUUAUCGGUUAUUGAUUGGUGGCUGUAGCAUGUGUCGGUGUGCUCGCGGGGACCUCGUUGGAAGCUCGUUAGCUUUCACCGUAAAAACGACUGCGUCAUACGGAGAGUCGGUUUAGGACAAAGUUCAGAAACAUCAGAGAGGAAGCUAACGUUGGCUACAUGCUAGCAGUGAUCAGAGGGAUCGAUCAGAGUGAUCAGGUGUUCAUUCACACAGCCCCCCCCGACCCCGUCCGAUCCCGGCGUCAGGAUAGGGAAGCAGAGCGAGGUGGCGGCUGCCGCCGGCGCGGCGAGCCUCGUGGACAGGAUGUCAGAGAGCCCGGAGAAGAGCGCCUCGCUGUCGGCUCAGGAGCUGAAGGAGCAGGGAAACCGCCUCUUCCUCAACCGCAAGUACCUGGAGGCUGCGGCCUGCUACGGCAAAGCCAUAACCCACAGUCCGUCCGUCCCGGCGUACUACACCAACAGAGCGCUGUGCUACGUGAAGCUGCAGCAGUACGGUAAAGCUCUGGCCGACUGCAGACACGCUCUGGAGCUGGACGGCCAGUCGGUGAAAGCCCACUUCUUCAUGGGCCAGUGUCACCUGGAGAUGGAGAACUACGACGAGGCCAUCGGCAACCUGCAGAAAGCUUACAACCUGGCGAAGGAGCAGCGUCUGAACUUCGGCGACGACAUUCCCAGCGCUCUGCGGAUAGCGAAGAAGAAGCGGUGGAGCAGCCUGGAGGAGAGGAGGAUCAACCAGGAGAGCGAGCUGCACGCCUACCUCACCAGACUCAUCCAGACGGAGAAGAGGAGGCAGCUGGAGAGCUGCAGACACAAACAGGAAGACAAGUCGGACGACAGCAGAAUUCAGCACAACCUGAACGAGAUCCACACCAAACACGACAAGUAUCUGUCGGACAUGGAGGAGCUCUUCUGUCAAGUGGACGAGAAGCGGAAGAAGCGAGAGAUCCCGGACUUCCUGUGUGGAAAGAUCAGCUUUGAGUUGAUGAGAGAGCCGUGUAUCACUCCCAGCGGGGUCACGUACGACCGCAAAGACAUCGAAGAGCACCUGCAGCGAGUCGGCCAUUUUGACCCGGUGACGCGCUCUCCCCUGACCCAAGAUCAGCUCAUCCCAAACCUCGCCAUGAAGGAAGUCAUUGAUGCUUUUAUUAUGGAGAACGGUUGGGUGGAGGACUACUGACCGACGGGAGGGCCAAACUCUCUUAACUAAACUCAACUGUGUCUGUUACAGGAACAAAAAGGAUCCUGUAGAACAUUAUAAUGAGAAACUUUAUCUCAAUAAUGACUCAGUAUCACACAGUUCUGAGAAAGCUUCUCAUUAUAAUGUCUUACUGAAUCACACUGGAGUCCAGACUUCCGGUCCAUAGUUUGAUGUUCAGUGAUCGAAUGAUUGAUUAAUAGGAGGAAGAAAAAGGUUAAAAAAAAGACCCUGAAUAAUAAAACGAGGAGAAAUGAGUGAAAUCAUUAAAUAAGAGUCAUAAAAUCAAAUGUGCAAGUAUUUGCUCUGAGACGUCACUAGAGGGCGCCGUCUGUUCAACAUGUUUUUACCAACAGUGGAAGAAGAUUUAAAAAAAGACUCUUAAAUAAGUAAUACUGUUAUAAGUAAAAGUUACACCUAAAAGUCAAAUUGUACAAAUAAGUAACAGAAGUAGAAAUCCUCAUUUGGCCCCAUUCAGUUUUAUUAUUAUAUUUAUUACAUUAUUGAUGCUUUAUGUGUAAACAGCUCAUUUAGUUUAUUAGAAAUCAUGAUUUGAAGAGUAACUGUUUCCCUCUGAAGUGCAGCGGAGGAAUAUAACAUUUAUCAAACAUUUGCUUUAAUCGAGUUCGAAGACUUCAUCACUGCAGUUUUAUGCAGUUUUAAAAUAUUUUAUUGUUGCUGUUACUGGAAAUAUAUUAAAGACAACCACAGACACAGAAACUCUGGAACAAUAACGUGUGCUCGAUGUGGUUUUCCCACCAAAAUGACGUCCACAUCCACUCGUUUUCCCUCCAGAAUAUGUGAAUAUCUGUCAUUUAAAGAGUGAAACAACUUCUUCACCGACAAACUCAGUAGACGAAUCUUAUCUGAAUUAAUGUAAAUGAGUUCUUGUUUCCGUCCACGGCUGCUGUGUAUGAAGAGAUAAACAGCAGGUGGCGCUAAUUCUCCGGUCUGUGACAUUAAAGCGUUGUAGAGGAAGAAGACGACACGAUGAGGUAAUGAUUAAAAGAGCCCCAGGUCAGAGGUCAAACGAUGUAAACGUACAAAAUAAUUUUCGCACUUUGUCACAUUUAUAUUUUAUCGAUAAACUUCAGCGAAUCUUUAAUUAAACGCUUAAAACUCGCCCCGACAGCGUCUGACGCAGAUUUCGUUGCUCUGAUUUGGUUGUCGAUCCAAUUUACCCUUCUUGAGCCCCGCCCCUUUUUGGACCUCGGUCACCUUCCUCCUUUUCUGUACUUAAAAAAGUUGUCCGAGGCUAGCUCAACUGUUAUUGGAGAACAGAGCAAAAAGGGGCGGGGCUUAGGAAGGGUCUGAACGGUAUCUCUCCGCAGUUACUUAUUGGUGUCAUUUCACAAUAAGUAUUGAUCGUCUGUUAAUGCUGACUACAAUCCGGAGCUGAUCGUCACUUUAGGUGGAAAUGUGGAACGUUGCGUUUGCUGGCAAACUAUAAAAUGGGAAACUAUAGCGUUGCGUCUGAGAGAGAGAGUGUUUGUUAAAUAAACUCUGGACCAGUUUGUUGUAAACAUUAAUCAGUAAAUUGAGAUCUUAGUGAAGAUUGUUUGCUUGUGAUCUUCUUUAUUGUCUCUUUAAUUGAUAAUAUUGCUGCGUUUUAACGCCACAUUUGUCUUACGUCAGACCUCAGCUGCAUUCUCAUACCGGAGCCUGAUAAUCAACGUUUAUGUCUUUAUAUGGAAGCUCUAAACUGUCAUGCAAUCAUUCACUUCUUUUAUCCCGUUAUUGCGAGUUAAUUAUCUCGAGAAUUUAUCUCCGAGAACAAAAGGCAGAUUUCUUGAGAUAAUAAACUUUAUAAGAAUCAUAAGGUUGAAAUGGUUUGGUUGAAAGGAUGUUUUCCCUUCUGUGAUUUGAUAUGAGGGAUUUUACAUUACGGCUCAUUACAAACAUUCUUACAGCUACAGUUCAUAAAGUCACGUUGUUUAGUUUGACACACCCGACAGAGCAAUGUGUGUACGUCAUAGUCCGUCCAGAUUAAUCAACCUCACCUUUGUUGUACUGAGAUAAAAGAUUAAAAAAUCUUUGCAUUUAUGGCGGUUCAGGACUUCCGUAGGUUUCAGCCAUAUCAUAUCAAUCAAGUGAACGUCUGAUUUAAUGACAGCAACCGAGCAGAUUUACAUCUUUUCUUUGUUUUUCUUCACAGAAACCAGUUUUCAGUUGUUUUCAGUCGUUUUCAGUCGUCAAAACAAAUGUGUUUGAAAAUGUGAUCAAAAUAAACGUUCCAGCUUUUCUA